AUGGAAACCAAAGACUUCAACGAACGCAAAGCUUUUGACGAGACUAAAGAAGGUGUGAAAGGUCUCGUUGAUGCUCACAUCACCGAGGUUCCUCGUAUCUUCCGUCUCCCACAAGGUACCUUCUCUGAUAAGGCACCCUCUCUUUCUACCUCAAAUCUCGCAAUCCCUAUCAUCGACUUUACAGAUAUCCACGUGUCACGCGAACGUGUCGUUGAGAAGAUCAAAGAUGCUGCAGAGAAGUGGGGUUUUUUUCAGGUGAUCAACCAUGGUGUUCCUUUAAGCGUUCUUGAAGAGAUGCAAGAUGGAGUUAGAAGGUUCUUUGAGCAAGAUCUCGAGGUCAAGAAGUCUUACUUCUCGCGUGAAGCCACCAAGAAGUUUGUGUACAAUAGUAACUUUGAUCUGUAUAGUUCUACUGCAUGUGUUAACUGGAGAGACAGUUUCGCUUGUUACAUGGCUCCUGAUACUCCAGCCCCUGAAGAGCUCCCAGUUGUUUGCAGGGAUGCUAUGAUUGAACACUGGAAGCAUAUGAUGAGUUUAGGUGCUUUGCUCUUUGAACUCUUGUCAGAAGCUCUUGGUUUGAGUUCUGAUAAGCUUAAGAGCAUGGAUUGUAUGAAGGGUUUGCUUAUGAUAUGUCAUUAUUACCCUCCAUGUCCUCAACCUGACUUAACUAUCGGCACAAACCAUCACUCAGACAACUCCUUCCUCACUAUUCUCCUUCAAGACCAAGUCGGUGGCCUUCAAAUUCUUCAUCAAGACUGUUGGGUCGAUGUCACGCCUAUUCCAGGGGCUCUUGUCAUCAACAUCGGAGACUUCAUGCAGUUAAUAACGAAUGACAAAUUCAUAAGCGUGGAGCAUAGGGUGCUUUCGAACAGAACUGAAACGAGGAUUUCAGUUGCGAGUUUUUUCACCACGAAUUUGCUUCCAAAUUCAACUGUUUAUGGACCAAUCAAAGAGCUUCUUUCUGAAGAAAACCCUCCAAUCUACAGAGACUUCACUUUAGAAGAAUACACAAAGGGAUACGUUAAGAAAGGCCUCGACGGAACAUCUCAUCUGUCCUAUCUCAAGUUAUGACAAACACUUAGCAAAAAUCAAAAUAAUAGUACAACCCUUCUAAGUUCGUUGUAAGAUAGACUAUCGGGUUUAUCUUAUAGGGAUGUAUUUCAUGCAUGUGUUGUUGAGUCAGUCCUUUCUCCCAUUCUCACCUCUAUAUACUAUACUAUGUACUAAAAAGAACGAAGAAGAGUCAAACUU